GUUUUGCUUUGGUCUCAGGGGUUCGUUAUCAGAUCCUGCCCGCUAAACCAAUCAAAUGCACCAAUUGCUGGGCUGAAUUGAGCUGUCGCCAUGUGUCUCCCGUCUCCAGAGCCGACCCCGUGGUGUCCCACUUGCCUGCAUUUGAUGGACGCGACUUUGUGGGAGGCUACAAUCCCACAUACUUGGAAUCAAUUCCCGGUUGUCUUGACAUGCAUCACACAAACAAGCUUAUCUAGUGAGCGGGCUGCGGCCUCAGGAGGAGUCACGCCGGACGAGUCACCACCCCUAGAACGCCUUCGUCAUAACACAGGUCCGGAUACUGGAUGCCGGAUGCCGGAUGCCAAUGCUCAUCGCGGGCGCUGGAACUGGAAGGUCGUAACAGCGGGGCGGGAAAGUAUACCGCCAUGUCGGAUCGCAAGGUUCCUCCUACCGCGUCCUCCACAAAACUUGCUUGCACUCCGUCAAAACAAGAGCAAAAAUGGGUGUGGUUCGGAGUUGCCUGAGUCAGUCGUUGGCUGCGGAUGUGCCUCUUCUGACUCUGCGUAUAAUGUUUCUGCGCACUUGUUUGCAUUGGGACUGGCGCUUGUCCAAGCAGAAAGUGCUGAUAGAAGGUUGAUCUAAAACCUCGGAGAGCUUACAGCCCUGCAGCAGGGAAUCCUGCAUGCACUUUGCUUGAUGAAGUGGAUACCGUAUUUGAGGGCGGUGAACCAAGUGGACAUCCACCCACGCUUUCGAAUUUAUCGCAGCGCAUUUCAUUUCAUGGUACGCCCACUGGCAAUAGUCGAGGGUCGUCUUUGAGUUCCGU